AUGUCAUUCUUCCCACCAGCCAGGUCUCAAUCAGACAUUUCUGAAAAUUUUACAAUGACUUCGACUAAUCCUUCCAUAUCAGCUAGCCCAAUUCCAUACGGUCAUACUUCGACUAAUCAAAAUUCCAUAGUGUCAUUCUUCUCACCGGCCAGGUCUAGUAGUGUUUCCGAAAAUCAUUAUGAAAUAAUAUUUCCAAAUCCUUCCAUACCAACUAAUGGACCAACAAGUCUUUCCAUUUCAUUACUCUUCCCACCCACCAUGUCUGAGACUGAAACAUAUGGCAGUUCUUCAGAAUCCAACGAAACACAAUUCUCUUAUUCCAUAAUGUCAUUCUUCCCACCAGCCAGGUCUCAAUCAGACAUCUCUGACAAUUUUACAAUGAUUUCAACUAAUCCUUCCAUGUCAGCUAGCCCAAUACACACAAUCGAAGCAGAAACCUUCUUAGAAUAUUUUUCUUUGCAAAUGCUACUUGAAGCCACUAACAACUUCUCAGAAGAUCACAAAAUUCCAACUAGUAGCUUUGGCUCAGUCUACCGUGCAACUUUAGAUGACGGCCGAGAAGUGGCUAUAAAGCGUGCUGAAAUUGCAAUGUUUAAACCAUGUGUGAGCAAGCACUACAGUGUAUUGAAAACUUUGUCCCGCCUUAGUCACAAGAAUCUUGUUCCCUUCUUGGGAUUUUGUGGGGAUGAUAAUGAUGAGCUUGUAUUGGUCUAUGAUUACAUGAGAAAUGGUAGCCUUCAUGACCAUCUUCAUAAGCUUAGUACUCCCCUAAAGUCAUGGGUUGCCCGGAUUAAAGUGGCACUAGACGUAGCUAGAGGCAUUGAGUACCUGCACAUAUAUGCAAUUCCACCAAUCAUACAUGGCGAUAUCAAGUUGUCUAACAUAUUAUUAGAUGCCACAUGGGAUGCCAAGGUGACUGAUUUCGGCCUAUCUUUGAUGGUCCCCAUGCCUGCAGGCACUGUUGGAUACAUGGACCCUGAGUGCCAUUGGCUUCAACAGUUGACAACUAAAAGUGAUGUGUAUGGCUUUGGAGUAUUAUUGCUACAAAUGUUGUCCGGGUACAACACAAUUCAUUUUGAUAUAAAUGGUGUGCCAUGGAAUGUAGUUGAUUUUGUAGUUCCAUACAUUGUCCAAGAUAAAAUUUACAGGGUUUUGGACCCAAAAGUACCAACACCUACCCCAGUUGUAAUAGACGCACUGGCAUAUGUUGGGUAUCUAGCAGUGGAUUGUGUAAGUCCGGACGGUCUUAAUCGCCCCUCAAUGACUGAGAUUGCAAAAAGCCUACAAAGAGCCUUGGACGUGUGUUUAGAAUUUUUUGCCAACAACAGCUCAGACACUGGUAGCUGGAUAAGGAAUGGAACAACAAAUCCAAAUCCAGACUUCCCUAAGCAGCUUUCAUUUGCAUCACUCUUCCCAGCCUACAACUCUGACACUGAAACUGAUGCUAGUUCAGAAUCCAACGAAAUACCUCCAAAAUUAGCUCUUUAUUCCAAUUUUAUAAUGUCGUUCUUUUUAGCCAGGUCUCAAUCAGACAGUAGUAGUUCUGAAAAUUAUGAAAUAAUUCCCACUGAUCCUCUAUUAUCAAAAAGCCCUACAUGCAUAAUCUAA